UCACACGCCCGGUUCUCCUCUGACCCGCAGCUCGCACGGCACCGGGCUGCUGCCUCACGUUCAGACCGCGACAGGCCCGAAGUGUGACGAUCCGCUUCAUCCUCAUUCAGAACCGAGCAGGGAAGACACGACUGGCCAAAUGGUACAUGCAGUUUGACGAUGAUGAGAAACAGAAGUUGAUUGAGGAAGUUCACGCUGUGGUAACUGUCAGGGAUGCCAAACACACCAACUUUGUGGAGUUCAGGAACUUCAAGAUCAUUUACCGGCGUUAUGCUGGCCUGUACUUCUGUAUUUGUGUGGACGUGACGGAUAACAACUUGGCAUACCUCGAGGGAAUCCACAAUUUUGUAGAGGUGCUGAAUGAGUAUUUUCACAACGUGUGUGAACUGGACCUGGUGUUCAACUUCUAUAAGGUGUACACGGUGGUGGAUGAGAUGUUCCUUGCAGGAGAGAUCAGGGAGACCAGUCAGACCAAGGUCCUCAAGCAGCUUCUCAUGCUCCAGUCACUCGAGUAGAAACCAGACAACCGUCCUUCCUACCUGCUCGCCAAUCUGCUGCCCUGGGACCUGAACCAACCUCCUGUCUCUCUGGAAAGGAUCCCCCAUCAUUGUCUUUCAGAACUUCAGGAGGUUUUUUUUUUAGAAAAUAGAAACACACAAUAUUGUUUACAUAUGAUAUAUAAUGUAGAAGUUCAGUAAAUCUCUUUGUUAUGGCAGUCUAUGGCUACAUCCAUACAACUGUGUUUUCUUUUGAAAAGCGGUUUAGUUUUAGUUUGAAACCUAGAGGGCUGGGUUUUAGUCUAGAUGGGCAUAGACAGAGAUGUUUGGAAAAGGUGGCGUAGAAACUCACAAGCGGUUGCUGAUUGGGUCUUCAACAGGUCACAACAGGCUCCUAUCACAUGACCUUCUUCGAGAAGAAAAUAACCGGCCUCAGCUGUCAGUGUUGAACACAGUAUGGAUAAUCAAUAACAAGCAAGCAAUGCUGACCUUGUUGUCUUUACUAACAUCUGUUGUGCAGUUAAAUUCUAAAUUUUACACUAAUACAACUGCUAACGUGUAUAAGAGACCAACCAUAUAGCACAUGCAUCCUUUCCGGUUUUUCCUGCAAAUACUGGGACUCACAUGUCAGUGUACUUAAGUUCAUGAGAUAUAGCUUCCACGCAUGCUAGUAUUAGAUUAUAACUGAUAUGGAGCCAAAACGCUUGUGGGGGACAGAUUGUUUAAGUUUCAAAAAUGGAAUUUUCAAAGGAAAUCUUAGUAGUAUGGAUGUAGCCCCUAUGUUAAAAUACUCUGUGUUGUACUCUUAAUGAAGUCACUCAAUGCAAAGGCUGUACAUUUCAACAUUAUGACAUUUCGUUAACCAUUUCAGUCACAGUCAGCUUUAUAUUGGGUUCCCUUGUCCUAACGCCAGAGGCUGCAGAAAUGAGUUAUUUCAUGUUGUUAGUCAUUGCAUUCAUCUCUAUUGAGUGUGGAAACACUGAGGUAAAUCCAUCAGUGUGACCCUGCUCUCUCCUCCUCCCUUUAUUAACCUCAACUUUCAUUUAAUGGCACUACUAUAACUCACAAGCACCUGUAUGUGUAUAAAGACGACCUGUAAUGAUCAGAUGUUUGCAUUGAGAACUUAAAACCGCCUGGCAGCCGUCUCUAUGAAACCACGCAGGGAAAGACUUUGCAAGUGUUGGGGUGUUCGACUCACCAAGGCUACUCUGCAUUUUAUAUCUGGAUCACAGUACAAGCAAACGCCAACUAGAAAAAGCCCUUUUAAAGCAAUUGACCAGCGCGGCAAGUUGGUAAUUGACUGGAGUGUACUUAGGAUGAGUACCAUUUUGACUGUGUUAUGACAACCUGGUGUUCUCACGGCUGAUGAGAAACUCAGUUGGUUAUAUUAACUCAAGAUGAUGUCUGUAAUCAUCUUAUAUGGUGCUUGUUGGUCACACUUAAAAUGCAAAUGCACUCAGAAGGAAUAAGACCUGGGCAUAUAGAAUAUUUUACACAAAGCAGUGCUGUGAUGCUUGCUUCGUAUGGUUUGUGCAUACAUGGGUGUGUUGAGUUAUGUUGAAUAUUGUGAAAUUAACAGUCAUUCCAGUAAAACUCUGAGUCUGAGCAGUAUUUACAUGUUUAAGAUCCAUUAAACAAACUGGUUUUUAAGUUUCCUCUGAGAAGCUUUAUGAAUUUGGAAUUUGACAAAAAAAAGGCCAAAACUUUGCUGGAUGAAAUUCCUUGUCAUCUGAUUUAAUCAGAUCCAGAGAGGUGGUUUCAAACAUCAUUGUUGUUUAACUCUUAUUUUUUUUUAUUUCAGGGUUAUUUGGCAUUAUUAUUGAAACAUGUACUGCUUCCCUUCUCGUCCACAUGUGAGUUUAUUGGUGGAAAUGUAUGCUUGUGUGUGUGUGUGUGUAUUGUCUCCAAUUCAACUACCCACAUCAAUAUGUCCCAUUAUAUGUAAAUAAUAAAAUAAACAGAUGAAGUCGA